CUUUGGUUUCCAAGCAUUUUUGCUUUUUGUUUGUUUACUUUCAUUAGUAACUCUCCAUGUGUCAAAACGAAUAAUAACUAUAAGUUUUAAGAAUGUCACGAUAUUUAUCUACUCUUCCUUUACCUCAGGGUGUUCGCUAUAAACUUGCUAAAAGUGGGUUUAAGAGUGUCGACGAUUUAAAUGGUUUUAAACCGCUAGAACUUUCAAAAGAAAGUAAAUUUACAGUUGAAGAAGCUUUGAAUGUUUUGGACAUUGCUUUUUCUGCAUCAUCUACGUCUAAACCAAUAUCUCAAUUAUUGAGCUGCAGUGCUUUAGACAUACUAACUGAAGAAAGAACAUUGUCUCCUAUCACAACGUCUUGUACUUCGUUGGAUAAAAUCUUAGGAGGUGGUAUUCCAUUGAAAAAAGUGACUGAACUUUGCGGUUGUCCAGGAGCCGGAAAAACCCAAUUGUGUUUGCAGCUGUGUGCCAAUGUUCAGCUUCCUAAAUCUGCUGGGGGAGUAGAGGGCGAAGCAUUUUUUAUUGACACAGAGGGUAGUUUUGUCAUCCAGAGGUUCGUUCAAAUUGCCAAUUCAGCUAUAAUGAAAUGUAAAAGUCAAAGUGCAAAUAUUGGAACUUUAAGUGUAGAAAAUUUUUUGAAAAAUGUAUAUUAUUACCCUUGCAAGUCAUAUCCUGAAGUUAUAGCUAGGGUUAAUCUUCUUCAGGAAUUUCUUGAAAGCCACAAAAAAAUUUCUUUAAUAAUAAUUGACAGCAUUACAUUCCAUUUUCGUUAUGGAUUUGAUGGAAAUUAUUCAUUACGUUCAAGACUUCUGAAUGGAAUAAUGCAAACCUUGGUUAAAGUUGCUAAUGAUUUUAAAAUAGCUGUUGUUCUGACCAACCAAAUGACAACCCGAAUUGAUGGCAGUAAUAGUUCUCAUUUAAUACCUGCUCUAGGAGAAAGCUGGGGACAUGCUUGUACCCAUCGAUUAAUUUUUUCUUGGAAUGAAAAACAACGAAAAGCUCAUCUUUUGAAGUCCCCUUCUAUGCCAGAAGCGAAUACUUUCUAUCAUAUUAGUAAAAAUGGGUUUUGUGAUGCAGAGUAAUGGAGUAUAUUUGAGAAGAAAAGUCAUUUUAGGAGAUAUUUAAGUAUGUGACUUCGGAAGAAAAAGUGAGUUAUAA